GCGCGCAUCCUCCGAGAGGCCAGGCUGGGCAGCCGAGAGUCGGAGACGGGUGCUCACUGACGUUAGUGCUGGAAGCCAACAUGGCAACCAUGGCAGGUGUACCGAUCAGUCAGCUACUCUCAUUGAUCCUACUGCUGCCGCUGGUGGCUGUCACCCAGGCAGCUGACGAUCUGAUCAAGAUUGGAAACAAAACGCUAUCCAGCAUUGGACCAAGCAUAUCUGGCAUGGAAGAGGCGACACGACUGGAGAUAAUCAACUGCAACAUUAAAGAGGUCGAAGAGGACGUCUUCCUUUUGCACCAUAGGCUGCGGAUGCUGAGGAUCGCAAACACCACUAUACACCACUGGAGACAUAAUAACCUUAGUUCCUUUAGAUACAUAAGCUUCGACAGGAGCACGAUCAUGGAACUGCACACGAGUGGCAUACAUUUUGCAGGUCUGGAUUUGGUGGAUCCACAUUUUUUUGAUUUGCUUACGCGUAGCACUUUGGUUAGAGUUGCAUUUGAUUCCUCUACGAUUGCUGUAAUGAACAGCAAUGCAAUUGAUCUUCGCGGGGCGGAGCGCUGGGCAUGGUUGGACAUGAUUCGGUGUAGAAUAAAAAGUUUGGAAAAUAGGGCAGUACAACUAAACCGAGGGCACACUUUUAGCAUGACACAAAACACCAUCGAAGUGAUACACACUGCAGCUUUUGCUGGCGUCUGCAGCAAACAGGUACGUUUCAGACAAAACGCUAUCAAAACUUUGGAGCCCCACUCCAUCUUUUUUGGAAACGAUACCUGUAGAAGGGAACGGAGCCUCUCGAAAUUCAGAAGAAUUCCCUACAAAAUAUCUGCUAACACACUGACUUGCGGACCUCAGCUGGACUGGCUGCGGGUGUCCGACGACAGCUGGCUCCCGAAGUUUGAGCGAGAGGACUACGCCGCGUUCCGCCAGACAUCGGUGUGUGCUGGACCGACGCCGCGCACGCCCGUGUGGCAGUACUUGAACACCACCGACAGAGUCGACUCGGCUCGGCUGGCUCGAUUACCGUCCACAUCAGCACGACCGGAGCCCGAGAGGACGCAGCGGGAGCCGCGCUGGCGUCUGCCGGCGAUUGUCGCUGCCGUCACCGCCGUGCUCACCAGCGUUGUCAACUUGGUCGGCGUCUGGCUGUGCGUCAGCUGCAGACGACGCAGGCAGCAGGCAGCGGUGGCGGCGGAGACGGAUGCGGAGACCUUGCAGCUGGCGAGUUCUGACCGGCGCGCAGACGGUGCGAAGUCCUUCAUUCCACCGCAAGCUGCCCAGCCAGAUGCGCUGGGAACUGCGGUGGAUGCCCACAACCUUUACGCUGAACCCGACAGGGAAUCGUCACAUCUGUACGAGACACCCACCUGGCUUCCGGAGUACGUGAAUGUGGGAGCGUAUGGCGUUCCCGCCCGGCCUCCCAUCGAGACACGUCCCACCCGGCCUCCCAUCGAGACACGUCCCGCCGGGCAGGGCGAGACGCGCCGCUACGAGAACCUCCACCGCCUGCGCCUGGCCCAACGCAAAUAGGUCUUGUGCUGUGCUCGGAGACCGCCAGAGUACUGACCUAGGGCUCGCACGCCGACCAGCCGGCGGCGAUUUUGCACACGAUGCGUAUUCUCGUACGAGAUUAUGACAUGCGAAAAUGUAAGGGAAUUGGCGGCUCUCAUCAGCUCGCCUACUCCCGCCGUCGCCAGCUAAAGCACUGAUCCUGUCAUCCUUGGUGCGCGCGAUAAUAUGCUUUUCUCCGGCAAAAAUAAUCGUAUGUAUCCCCUCUAUAUCGUGAUUAGAUGGCUGUUGUGCUGAUUUCUUGGCCAUGUCUCCUCCAAUAUUUGUAUAUGGUGUACAUAUUUGUAUAUGUUGUCAUCAAACUUGCUCAAUAUUGGUCUACCAACAGCCUACAAGAACGAUAUUUUUCACGAUGUGCUUCUGACUUAGUAUAUUUUACAUACAUAUUACAUAUUUAUUAUACAUAUUUUAUCAUUAUACAUUGCAUAUUAUAUAUACAUCAUCAUAUUAUAUACAUCAUAUUAUACAUCAUUAUACAUAUUUUGUAUACAUAUAUGUAUGCGUGUGAGUGUAUAUUACCCUUCAGUGUAUGUGUUAAAGCCGUAUAUAUAUAUAUAUAUAUAUAUAUAUAUAUAUAUAUAUAUAUAUAUAUAUGUAUACUCAAACUGUCCUGUUUGUGCGCAGGAAAGUUGUGUUUGAUUGUGUUUGCUGUGACCAUGGCCAUGUCUAGCGAUGUCUU